UAGGAAUGAAAAUAAUAACAAUAACAAUAACAAUAACAAUAACAAUAACAAUAACAAUAACAAUAACAAUAACAAUAACAAUAACAAUAAAACACAGCGGCAACAAUCUAAGGAGGAAACAUAGUUUUACUAAAUAUGAUAUUGGAAUGCAAGAUAACACAAUAUUAUAAUAUAAAAUUGAAAUUUAGGGUAAUAAAUCAUAUAAAAUGAGAGAGCGAGCGUCUGAAACCAAAAGCCUGACUUUGAACUGAGGGCGCACAGCUGGGGAGUGAACCCACACACUGCAGGGCAGCAAGCAAGGGAGUGAUCCUGGGACUCCCUCCCAUGACUGAUCUUCUAUACUUAAAAAUCAGAGUCCUCUGGGUAUACAGUUCUUCUCUCCUGAGAGCCAGGUAUCCAGAAAGUUGUCUGUCCACAGAACUGGAGUAUUUACUCCUUAAUUCCCUGUACUUUACAUGAUGUUAUGAUGUGGAAUACCAAUAACAAGAAUCAUAAAACCAUGACACCAGGUGGGGCAUUUGCAGCUUUGCUAGGCACACACCAUCUGCUAGGACAAAAAAUGCUUCAGGAAUCAGUCUGUCUACUGGUGAUUAAUUCAUAUGACUUCAAAGUACGUUUUGCAGAGAUGACCCUGUUGUCUAUCAGGAGCUGCCAAUGCAGAGACCUAAGGAGAUCCGCAGGGAGAGCAAUGAGGAAGAGAAAAUGACAUCUUCUGCUGGAGAGCUGGGCCGGGCUCCUGGGACACAGGGAGCUGAUAAAAGUGGGCAGUGCUGCAGAGAGACAGCUGUGCCCAGGAGCAGCUCUUCUACACAGCACAGCCUGCAGGUGACAGGAGGAGAGCAGAGAAAGGAGAGCGAGCUUGUAGGAUGUGUAUGGUGUGAGCAGGCUGUGAGCUCACUGGAGGAGCAUCGCUGACAGCCUUUGACAAGGUAAGUCUCACUGCAGGCUAUGACUCUGCUGUCUGCCAGGCUCGGCACUCAGCCUGCCUGGGGAGCUGCCCAGGACGCUGCGGGGAGAUGUGUGGGGGGAAGGAGCCCCCUGGCAGGGCAGGGCAGGGCAGGAGCCUUCUGCUGCUGGAGGCAUGGGCAUCACAGCUUCAGCACUCCCAGAGUGUUACCAAGGGCACUUUGCAAGAGGAGAGACAAGGCAGGGAUUUUCCCAUACCUGUCCUUAGGGAAGGAGAAUGAGUUGGAGGCAGAAAUGUAAAAGGAGAUGUGAAAUAUGAACACAACUAUAAGAGUCCUGAACUGUACGUUUCUCAGUCUGCAGUUAUAUGCACAAACUCCUCAUGUGCUUUCAGCCUCUUUUCUCCCAAAGGAUUGCACCAGCUGGAAUUUGCGUACUUCUCUGCAGACAUGAAUAAUGCACUUGUCCAGCAAACAGGCAGCUUUCUCUAGUAGAAAUUUAAGUGCAGAGGUAGGAAUGGGCACUCUGAGUGCAGACAGACGAAAGAUACGAGGAAUGGAAAUAUGUCAUAGGAAGAAAGUAUCCAGGAGGCUGGGAUAUGAUUAGACAAUGAGAGGAAAGCAAGAGCUCCUUCAUCUUCGAAUUCUCAAGGGAUGGUGAAGCUCAUGUAAAUUCAAGCUAUGGAGUUAAAUGAACAUUGUCCUAAGAGAAAGAAAAACUGUUAUAGCAUGGCGGGAGGAGUGUCUCUGAAAAAGCUCUUGACUCAUCAUUAUCUUCUGCACUCUGAACAGGACUCCAGGCCCAACAGGAACUGCAGAUGCCCAACAGCAGCUCCAUCAGCCAGUUCCUCCUCCUGGCGUUGGCAGACACGCGGCAGCUGCAGCUCCUGCACUUCUGGCUCUUGCUGGGCAUCUACCUGGCUGCCCUCCUGGGCAACGGCCUCAUCAGCACAGCCGUAGCCUGCCACCACCGCCUGCACACCCCCAUGUACUUCUUCCUCCUCAACCUCGCCCUCCUCGACCUGGGCUGCAUCUCCACCACUCUCCCCAAAGCCAUGGCCAAUGCCCUCUGGGACACCAGGCACAUCUCCUAUGCUGGAUGCGUUGCCCAGACCUUUCUGUUUGUCUUUUUCAUCUCAGCAGAGUAUUCUCUUCUCACCAUCAUGUCCUAUGACCGCUAUGUUGCCAUCUGCAAGCCCCUGCACUAUGGGACCUUGAUGGACAGCAGAGCUUGUGCCACCAUGGCAGCAGCUGCCUGGGCCACUGGCCUUCUCCAUGCUCUGCUGCACACUAUCAGUACAUUUUCUCAGCCACUGUGCCGUGGCAAUGUUGUGGAUCAGUUCUUCUGUGAAAUCCCCCACAUCCUCAGGCUCUCCUGCUCUGAAUCAGACUACCUCAGGGAAAUUGGUUUCAUUGUGCUUAGUGUUCUUGCCGUAUUUGUGUGUUUUGUUUUCAUUGUUGUGUCCUAUGUGCAGAUCUUCAGGGCUGUGCUGAGGAUGCCCUCUGAGCAGGGACGCCACAAAGCCUUCUCCACGUGCCUCCCUCACCUGGCUGUGCUCUCCCUCUUUCUCAGCACUGACUUUUUGGCCUACAUGAAGCCCCCAUCCAUCUCCUCCCCAUCCCUGGACCUGGUGGUUUCAUUUCUGUACUCGGUGGUGCCUCCAACACUAAACCCCCUCAUCUACAGCAUGCGGAACCAGGAGCUCAAGGAUGCAGUGAGGAAAAUGUCAUGGACAAAUUUCAGUAGGGAUCGUCUUCUCAUCUGCCUGAAAAAAUGACUCACAGUUUUUUUCUGAAACAGUCUAUGUUAUCUUAGAAAUAUUGAAUGGCCUGUACUGAAAAGGACCAUAAAGAUCAUCUAGUUUCAACCCCACUGUUACAGGCAGGGUCACCAACCACCAGAGCAGGCUGCCCAGAGCCUCUCAUUUCCAGCCUGGCCUUGAAAGCCUCCAGGGAUGGGGCAUCCACAACCUCUGUGGGCAACCUGUCCCAGGGCUUCACUACCAUCUGGGUGAAAAACCUCCUUUUAAUAUCUAGCCUAAACCUCCCCAGCCUCACUUUAAAACCGCUCCCCCUUGUUCUAUCACCAGCCACUGUCCUAAACAGCUGUUAUCCCUUCUCUUCAUACAUUCCCUUGAAGUACUGGAAGGCCACAAUGAAGUUUCCUCAGAAUCUUCUCUUCCACAAACCAAGCAAGUCCAGUUCCCUCAACUUUUCUUCCUAGCAGAGCUGCUCCAGCCUUCUGAUCAUCUUAGUGCCCUCCUCUGGACCCACCCCAAGAGGGAAACUGGGGAGCCCACAGGCAAAUGAGGGCUCUGCAGUGGUGCUGCUGAGCUAGCAGGGCAGAUGGAGAGGGACUCAGCAGUAGAGAGAGUUUGACACUGAUGACCCAAAAUGGUUCAUGGAUGUUUGUGUUCAUUGAGAAGAAAUCAGAGUUUCUUGGCUUUCCAGUGGCCAUUUCAGCACGGGGUCACCCCCAGGAAUCUAGCGACUUGUCUGGGGGGCAUUGAAUGUGCUGGGUUGGGCUGCAGCUACAGGGACAAAAACAACGUUGGCAGUGUACUGCCCUGAGACCCUCUUCGCAAGUUCCAUCUGCAGCUUCCAGAGGGCUCUGCUCUCCUGCAGGUCCUCUCGGAAAGCUGCCUGUCCCAGACAGGAUCUCUGGGGCCCUUGGAGAUGGCAUGGGAUGCUUGUGAUCACACAGUGGAGCUUUGCUCCUUUUCAUUUUUUCCCAUUAAUAAUUAUCAUUUCCUGUCUACUUAUGUAAAGUACUUAUCCUAGUGGGAAGGUGAACCACACUGGUGGGAUAUGGCUGAGGAGUGUGUUCUCUUUUUAGGCAAAUUGUAUUGUGCUUUACUGUUGUUUGUUUUAAAGUAGGAAGCAACAACCUGUGCCUGUGUGCAGACAGUUCUGUAAGGAAAGCAGGUAAAGGAAUGGUGUAAAGGAACUGUACCAUCCAGCUGCAGACUUCAGUGGAGAAUUCUGGUGUAGGGAAAAGUGAUGCAAGUGCCAGGUGGCAUGCAGCAGACACGUCAGGCCUGGGGAGGUGAGCAGUCAGGUUGUAUGUACUGUGUGAGACCUCAAGCAAUUGCUUCUCCUGCCUAUGCAGAUCUCCUUAGGAGACACCCUCAAUCAGCAUCAGUUGGACAGUGGUGCUCCAAAAGCAACAAGAUGCACCUUGUAAAAUCAGAAAAGAUUUUUCUUGGGUGCCCUUUGAAAUCUUCUUUCUUUCCUAUAGUAAACAUGGAGUGAAGUGUGAGCGAACUCAGAGUCAAGUGUGAGGCAAUCCUGGAGUAAAGUUUGGGUAGGCCCGAAGAGAGAGUGUACACACCUGGAGUAGGGUGUCAGUAAAACCCAGAGAAAAGUGUGAGUAAACCAGGAGUAAAGUGUGAGUAAUGUUGAAGAAAAGUUUGAGGAAUCCUUGAGUAAAAUGUGAGUGAAACACAGUCAAAACAGAAGUAUGAGUAAACCCAGAGUACAGUGUUCGUAAACCCAGAGUAAAGUGUGAGUAAAAGCCAGAGUAAGGUGUGAAUCUGCCCAGAAUAGAGUAAGACUAAACCCAGAGUAAAGAGUGUGCAUGUCUGGAGCAAAAUGUGAGUAAAACCUGGAGAAAAUCGUGAAUAAACUAGGAGUCCAAUGUGAGUAAACUCAGAGUCAAGUGUGAGAAACUCCCAGAGCAAAGUGUGGGUUGGUCCGGAGCAAAGUGUUAGUAAAUGUGGAGUAAAGGUUGAGGAAAACCCACAGUAAGGUGUGAGUCUACCUGGAUUAAAGUGUGGAUAGGCCCGGAUGACAAAGUGUUCGCCCCCGGAAUAGGGUGUCUGUAAAACCUUGAGAUUAAUGUGAGUAAGCCCCAUGUAAAGUGUGUUUAAGGUUGAAGAGCAAUUUGAGUAAACCUUGAUUGAAGUGUGAGUGAAACACACUCAAAAAUGAAGUUGUGAGUAAAGCCGAAGUAAAGUGUUAGUAAACGUGGAGUAAAGUAUGAGUAAAAUUGAGUUAGGUUCGAGUGCACCCAGAAUUGCAUAAGCAUAACUCAGAGUAAAGAGUGUGCAAACCUGGUGUAGAGUCAUUUUUGUGACUCAACGUUGCCAUCUGCAAGCCCCUGCACUACGGGACCUUGAUAGACAGCAGAGCUUGUGCCACCAUGGCAGCAGCUGCCUGGGCCACUAGGGUUCUCC